AUGGUAGUUGCAGUUGUUAACAAGCAAGCCAGGGAGUCUUUCGACGACAUCUACCUCGACCUCUCGAAGCAACCCGGCAAGUGUAGACUCGCCGAGUCUGGACUGGGCUGGAAGCCAUCCGGCGGCACCACCUUCACGAUCGACAAGGCCGAAUUCCAGAGCGCACAAUGGAGUAGAGCGGCACGAGGAUACGAGCUGAAGAUCUAUUCGCGCAGUCAUGGCGUGGUGCAGUUGGAUGGGUUCAAGGACGAGGACUUCGACACGAUCUCGAAAUGCUUCAAGGUCUGGUAUGGCGUUCCGUUCGAGCACAAGGAGCACGCGCUGCGUGGUUGGAACUGGGGUAAGAAUGAGUUGGGUCGCAACGAGCUCACUUUCAACGUGCGAAACCAACCUGCGUUCGAAAUACCCUACACCGAGAUCUCAAACACCAACUUGGCCGGCAAGAACGAAGUAGCAGUCGAGUUCUCAUUACCCGCAGACAACGACGACUCCGGUACGAAUGGCCAUCUCGGUGGCGCAAGAGGCAAGGGCAAGAAGAUGGGUGGUGCCUUGGACCAGUUGACCGAAGUGCGAUUCUACAUACCCGGUACAGAGAAGAGAGCCAAGGAGGACGAUGCCGACGAAGAGGAGGCAGAGGAGCAAAAUGCGGCCAACCUCUUCUACGAGAGUCUCAUGAACAAGGCUGAGAUUGGAGAGGUCGCGGGAGACACAUUCGCCACCUUCCAGGAAGUCCUGCACCUUACGCCCCGUGGACGAUUUGACGUGGACCUCUACGAGAGCUCGUUCAGACUUCGCGGAAAGACAUACGACUACAAGAUCUCCUACGAGAGCGCCAAGCGCUUCUUUGUUCUACCCAAGCCAGACGACAUCCAUCAACUCAUCUGUAUUGGCUUGGACCCACCUUUGCGGCAAGGUCAGACACGCUACCCAUUCUUGGUCAUGCAGUUCAAGCGGGACGAGGAGGUGGCGAUCGAGCUCAACAUGACCGAGGAGGAGCUCAAGGAGAAGUACGCCGGCAAGCUUCUACCUAGGUACGAGGAGCCAAUUGGCCGAGUCAUGUCCAAGAUCUUCCACGGCUUGACUGGCAAGAGACUCAUUCAACCCUCGCCCGAAUUCGACAGCCAUCACCACCAGAGUGGCGUCAAGUGUAGCAUCAAGGCCAAUGAAGGCCACCUCUUCUGCCUGGACCGCGCCUUCCUCUUCGUUCCCAAGCCCGCGACAUACAUCUCCUUCGAGCAAAUUGCUACAGUCACCAUGAGCCGCGUGGGCGGAGCUGUUAGUGCCAGCCGCACAUUCGACAUCACGGUCUCACUGAAGAGUGGCAACGGGGAGCAUCAAUUUUCCAACAUUAACCGUGAGGAACAGUCGCCACUGGAGAACUUCUUAAAGGCGAAGAACAUCAAAACGAAGAACGAGAUGGACGGUGACACUGGCAUGCUGGCUGCGGCUCUCGCAAACGAUCCCGACUUGGUUAGCAGCGAUGACGAGGAAGUCGUAGCAAGAGAUCGUGGCAGUGCCGACGAAGACGAUGAGAGUGUGGACGAGGAUUUCCAGGAGGAGUCAGAGUCAGACGUUGCUGAGGAAUUCGACAGCGAUGCUAAGAGCUCAGGAGGCAGCGACGUGGAGAUGGACGAUGCAGACGGCGAUGCGGGCAGCGAGAGCGACACAGAGGCCAAGGUCGAGCGGCCGAAGAAGAAGACAAAGACGGGAAAGUAA